AUGUACUCCUCAGACCGCCACCAAGGAGAUAAAGAUGUUGUUGGAAACAGUCCUGAUUGGGAUAAUGAGCAUACUUAUACAAAAGAGGAAGUCCCGGUGGACAACACGGAGGUGGACAGGGAGGAAAUCACGGAGGUGGACGGCGAGGAAACCACGGAGGUGGGAACCGUGGAGGCCACGAAGGAGGUCAUGGAGGAGGUCAUCAUGGAGGGGGUCAUGGAGGAGAUGACGGAGAAGAUGAUUGGCAAAACCAUCCUGGACAUCCUCCUCGACACAACUCACCUCACCCACACGAUCCAAUUGAUCCCGCCUUCCCCACUGGUCUCCUCCAAAGGACACCCGAAGCACUUGCGAAAAUCGAAAGUCAGGCCCACGGAAGUCUUCCAGAUGGACCCCUGCCACCCCCAGGGAGCCUCACACAGGAUACAGUGAAUUCUUUGAGAUUAAUCGCUUUCCAGGAGAUCUUUGAGGUCUUCUACUUCAGCACUCAUCAAUAAGAUCCAACGUGGCGCUGAAGGAUUCAAAGUUGAGGAUCAAGGUCAGAAAGCUAAACUCCUUGCCAACCUCAAAGCAAUUCUGGCUCAAGAGGAGCUCCAUGCCAUCAACGCCAACACCCUCCUUGAGAACCAGGGGGUAGGUAGAAUUCACCCUUGUAAGUACAAAUUCCCCGCCGAAAACCUCAACGAUGCCAUCGCUCUUGCUUCGAAGUUUACCGACCUCGUUCUCGGAACACUUCAAGAGGUUGAGGAGAACCUUGCUGCAAACGAUGUAGCGCUCAUCCGUCCAGUCGCCUCGGUGAUCGGCCAAGAAGGCGAACAAAAUGGAUACUUCCGUUUUUACAAUGAUAAGGUCCCUAGUGAGCUUCCAUUCUUGACCACCGCAACUAGAGAAUGGGCAUGGUCAGCUCUCAACCAAAACUUCAUCGUCCCCAGUUCUUGCACCAGUUCAGACAUCAACUCUAUACCUUACACAAGCUUCCCAAAACUCACAGUUGACUACAAAGAACUGCAACAGUCUCUGAAGCCUACUGAUAUCAAUUUCAGCUUCAAGAUUCCAGCAGGUAGUACCCUCUCAGAUUACGGUUCCCAAGCAGAUAACCUGUCGGAAUUGAAACUGGGUUUCAUCAACCAGCAAAAUACGCCCGUCGAAGGAGAAAUCCAAGGUGUCGAGGUUGAGGGGACAACGGUGACUUUCAGCGCUCUUUUUGAUUAUAAGUCAGGGACUUUCGGAAAUGGGCUGACCAUCGCUGUUUUGGUUUCUACUAAUACAACUACUACCGACCCCAGAGUCGUUUCAGGAUCGACCGUUUUUGGACCGGCUUUGAUUGACAUUAAUUGA